GGCGCGAGGGCGGGCGCGGGGGCCGCCGGGACCGCGGAGGGCGAGGCCGAGGCUGAGCGGCGCGCGCCAUGUCGGGCCUUCGGGGGCUGCUCGGGGCGCCGCGCCUGGGGCGGCGAGCGGUUUCAUUGCUUCAUCGGUUCCAGAGUACCCUGGUAAUAGCCGAACAUGCAAAUGAAGCUCUCACACCCAUUACGCUAAACACCAUCACUGCGGCGAAGCGUCUCGGAGGUGACGUCUCGUGUUUGGUAGCUGGCACCAGUUGUGAAAAGGUGGCCCAGGAGCUGAGCAAAGUGGGAGGGGUUGCCAAAGUCCUUGUCGCCCAGCACGAUGCCUACAAAGGCCUUCUCCCUGAGGAGCUGACUCCAUUGAUUGUGGCGACUCAGAAGCAGUUUAAUUACACGCACAUCUGUGCCGGAGCAUCUGCCUUUGGAAAGAGUCUUCUUCCCAGAGUGGCAGCUAAGCUUGAUGUUGCUCCAGUGUCGGACAUCACCGAAAUUAAGUCUCCUGACACGUUUGUGAGGACUGUUUAUGCCGGAAAUGCGCUGUGUACUGUGAAGUGUGAGGAGAAAAUAAAGGUCUUCUCUGUACGAGGUACUUCCUUUGAAGCUGCACCAGUAAGUGGUGGCAACGCAACUCUAGAAAAAGUCUCAACUCCUUCACCUGCUGGUCAGUCUGAAUGGAUUGAGCAAAAGCUAACAAAAAGUGAUCGGCCAGAAUUGACUAGUGCAAAGGUUGUUGUAUCAGGUGGGCGUGGUUUGAAGAGUGGCGACAACUUCAAACUGCUGUACGAUCUUGCGGAUCAGUUGCAUGCUGCAGUUGGUGCUUCUCGUGCAGCUGUUGAUGCCGGCUUUGUGCCCAACGACAUGCAGGUUGGACAGACCGGCAAGAUUGUAGCCCCGGAGCUCUAUAUUGCUGUUGGAAUAUCAGGAGCGAUUCAGCAUCUAGCUGGAAUGAAGGACAGUAAGACCAUAGUAGCAAUCAACAAGGAUCCCGAAGCACCGAUAUUCCAAGUUGCAGACUAUGGCUUGGUCGCGGACUUGUUUAAGGUUGUUCCUGAGUUGACAGCAGCAUUGAAAAAGUGAAAUAUCCAGGUGUUUGAGCAGAAAUAGGUGUUCCUUCACCUCUGAAAUACAUGAUUUUUUAAAACAAAAAUCUAAAUUUUAUUUUAGCAAAAUGAAACUGGAACAGUCAGUUAAAUUUGCCAAAACUGUAUAUUCAAGAUGAUUUCUUGUAAUAUACUGAUUUUUGCUUUUAAGUUUCAAGCUAUUCUUGAAUGUUUUUUCUAAUUAUGUGAUAAAUAUGGAUCUUAGACACAUUUGUAUUAUGUUUAAUGUGGGAAUAAAUCCACUCAUCCUGA